AAACAAGCAACCAAACUAGUAUUGCAUAUCCUAAUCUUAUGAAAAAAAAAAGAUUAAAAAUUCAUGUAAAGCAUUUAGUCCACUAUGAAUUCAAAUUAGAAUAAAAUAAUAAUGGUAAGUAUUAUUGAAUCCAUGUUUGGCGGUAAAUAUACACUUCCCUAUUGCUAUUUUCUUUACUGAAACAAAAGCACCAAUAAGCAACUCUCAUAAACCUUUUUUUUUUUUUUUUGACACUUUGCUUUGCUCCAAAACCUUCCUUAACUGUUCCACUCUUCUAAGCACAACCCACCAAGACUUUUCUCUUCUUAUUUAGCCUUUCUACUUCAUUUUUUUUUCUUUUGUAAAUUUGCUAUUUUUUCUUGUUAUUUUAGCAAGCUCAAGUUUGCUAGCACUUUGUUAACAUAAUAUACUGUAACACAAGGGAUUCACUAGCCACCUACAAGGCAAAGGUGAUUAAUUCUUCAACUUUCCAUAUGCAGAGUGCUAGAAUUACUGAUACAAAUUGUAGCAGUGACAUGUUGGAGCUUCAUGGAGAUAUUUAAUGCGCUUGGAGUUGAGCUAAAAUGAAGACCACCCAGUCAAAAACUGCAGAAAAGAAACCGUCAACUCAGGCUUCUCAUGAGGCCCAAAACGAUCAGCAGAACCAUACAGCAGAUACACCUAUAGCUGAUGCAGGUUCUGUUUCUGCAUCAGGCAAUGAUAACAAGAAAGUUUCACGUGAAGAUAUUGAACUUGUCCAAAACUUGAUUGAACGGUGUUUGCAAUUGUAUAUGAAUAAGGAUGAAGUGGUAAAAACACUUCUGAAUCGUGCAAGGAUAGAUCCUGGAUUUACAACUCUAGUUUGGCAAAAAUUAGAAGAAGAAAAUGCGGAUUUCUUUCGGGCCUAUUACAUUAGGCUUAAACUGAAGAAACAAAUCAUCUUGUUCAAUCAUUUGCUUGAGCAUCAGUAUCAUCUAAUGAAAUAUCCAGUGCCUCCAAAGGUUCCGUUGGCUCCGAUGCAGAAUGGGAUUAACACCAUGCCAGUCAACAACUUACCCAUGGGAUAUCCCGUCCUGCAGCAACCUCCAGUUCCAGCUGCAGGUCAACCUCAUCUUGAUCCAAUGGGCAUGUCCAGCUGCCAUGUGGUUAAUGGUGUGCCUGCGCCUGGAAACUAUCAUCCGAUGAGGAUGAAUUCUGGAAACGAUAUGGUGAUUGACACCAGUGCGUCAGAUGUAGCACAAGCUGUUCCACCUAGCAAUGCCAUGUCAGAUAUGGCAGUAAGCCCUACAUCAGUAGCUUCCAGUGGCCAUUUUCCCUUUUCUGCUUCAGAUAUUUCAGGGAUAGGAGUUGACACCUCAGCCCUUGAUGCUGCCUUCCCAUCUGAUGUAGCAAGUUCAGUAGGAUUACAACUUCCACCAGAUAAUGGUGUUGGUAAUUCUAGGGAUUCACUCAGAUCUUUGGCUCAGAUUCCUUGGAAUUUUAGUCUCUCAGAUCUAACAGCAGAUUUGUCGAACUUGGGAGAUCUAGGACCUCUUGGAAACUAUCCUGGUUCUGCCUUUUUGCCUUCUGAUUCAGAUAUUCUACUCGACUCUCCUGAGCAAGAUGAUAUAGUAGAGGAGUUCUUUGUCGACGUUGAUGCCGCUCCAGGGCCGACAUGUCCUCAAUCGGAUGAAGAGAAGUCCUAGUUUCAACUGAGAUAUUAACGUUGCAUUACGUUCGAAGUUAGGAAUUUGCUAUAAAAUGAUAAGACUGAUAGAAUGAUGAGCUGAAACCAUUGGUUUACCCUUUGCUAGGUGUGCCAGAUAUAGUUAUUAACCUAAUUUAGGUAUACACUUUACCCUUGGAUUAUUAUAGUGAUCAGAUCUUUAUUUCAUUAGUAGAAACAGGACAGGAUAUGUUAUAGUGAACAUAGUCUUUAUCAGAAAGGAUUUAUUAUCUAUAUGUUGUUCAACUAGUUAUUUAAACAAAGUUACUAUGUUGUUUUUGGGUGACUGAGAUGAUCAUUAAUAAUAGAUGUUUAUGCAAA